AUGCCGCGGAUACGAAAGAAGACGAGCCGGCGGGUGGGCAUCAACCAGCGCGAGAAGCUGAAGCACAAGGUCAAGGAGGGCCGGCGGAAGAAGACGCGGGAGGCCAAGAAGAACCCGCAGUGGAAGAGCAAGCACAAGAAGGACCCGGGCAUCCCGAGCGCGUUCCCGUACAAGGACCAGAUCCUGGCCGAGGUCGCAGAGCAGCGGCGUGUUGCGGCGGAGGAGAAGCGGCGGCGCAAGGACGACAAGCGGGGGGCGCAGGCGACCGACGCGGCGGACGAGGGCGGGGACGAGGAGGGGUCGGACGCGGAGAGCGACGCCGGCGCCGCGUUCGACGGCGUCCGCGCGGUGCUCGCCACGCGCGCCCGGAUGGACGCUGCCGUGGGACCGGCAGGGGCGGAUGAGGAAGAGGACGAGGACGAGGUGCCGGUGCUCGUGAACCGGGACCUGCCGACGCUCAAGGCCGUGAUCGACGCCGCGGACGUCGUCGUCGAGGUCCUCGACGCACGGGACCCGGCCGCGGCGCGGAGCGAGUACCUGGAGGGGGUCGUCAAGGCCGCGGGGAAGCACCUCGUCCUCGUGCUGAGCAAAGUCGAUGCGUGCCCUAGAGAGGCCGUGGAGGCUUGGGCCGCCUUCCUGCGCAAGGAGCACCCGACGCUGCUCUUCAGAGCGGCCUCUGCCUGCCUCCCCGCCGCAGCGGAUGCCCCCGCCUUGGGCAAGCCCAAAGGGAAGGGCAAGGGCAAGGCCCGCGUGCCCGCCGACGACGCCUGGGGCCUCGACGCCUUCCGCUCGCUCCUGUCCGCGCACGCCAAAGCCGCGCCCGCGGACCGGCCGCUCGUGGUCGCGCUCGUGGGCGGCACGAACGCGGGGAAGUCGUCGUUCGCCAACGCGCUCGCCAAGGGCACCGCGCUGGAGACGUACGCGCUCUCCAGGGCGUCCCCGCACACCUCCACGACCACCGCGGGCCCGCAGGAGGUCUCGGUGACGCUCGAGGGCGGACGCGAGGCCCGCAUCGUCGACACCCCGGGGUGGGCGUGGCACGCGGACGAGGACGCGGGUGCGGAGGAGGCGGCGCGGGCGCGGGCGCGGGACAUGCUCGCGUGCUGCCGGGGGCACAUGGAGCGGGUCAAGGACCCCCAUCCGCUCUUGGCCGAGCUGGUGGACCGCGCGGCGCGCGAGGACCUCAUGCUGCUCUACAACCUGCCCAUCUUCACCGAGGGCGACGCGAACGCCUUCCUGGCGUGCCUCGCCCGCGCGAACAGGUUCAUGAAGAAGAAGGGCGACCUGGACCUCGCCAGCGCGGCCCGCAUGGUCCUCCGCGACUGGCACAACGGCAAGCUCGCACGGUACACGUCCCCACCCCCGCCGCCUCCCUCCGCAAGCGCCGCAGGGGCGGACGCGGACACCGGAACGGAGACGGAAACGGAAACGGAGGCGGCGCUCGCCGCCGCGUACGCGCAGAACGCGUCCGUGCUCGCGCGGCUCGCGACGCGCAAGGAGCUGCGCAAGGUCGCGGGGAUCGUGAAGCUGCGGAGCGGCGUGCGGGACGCGCGCGAGGUCGUGCUCGACGCGUCCUACUUCGGCGCGGACGCGGAGGACGGGGGCUUCGAGAGCGACGAGGAGGACGGGGGCGCGGUGGCCGACGAAGACGAGGUCGGGGUGGACGAGGACGGAGAGGGGAGCGCGGACGAGGAAGACGAAGAGGACGAGGACGAAGAGGACGAGAUUAUGGAUGAAGACGAUGAGGAGGAGGAGGAGAGCCCCCGCCCGCGCAAGGGCUUGCGAAAACGGGCGGCGGUGGCGAUGAAGGCCCCCGCGCGGCCCGCGAAGAGGGUUGCGUUCGCGGCGGAGCCGAAGGGGACGAAGCAGGCGCGGUCGGCGGCCGGGGCGAAGGGCGCGAAGGCGAAGGCGACGACGAGCUCGCCGGACGAGGACGGCCGUGCGCGGAGGCCGACGAAAAAGCCGACAAAGGCAGCCGCGAAGCCCGUCGCGCCCAAAAAGAUCGCGAACGCGGUCUCCUCCAAGUCCAAGAAGGCCGCGGGCACGGACGGGGAGCAGGCGUACGACUUCAAGCAGUUCUUCUGA